AUGGGAGGUGAAGGUUCUAACUCCAUCCCGAACGUCGACCCGGACUACCAAAGACUCCCUGCAUUCAUGAAGGUGUUCCACCAGGAGCGAUGCAAGGAUGACAUGCGACUUCCUCCCGAAUUCAUCAGGAUUCACGGGCAUGACCUACCGUUCGACUGUAGGCUCGUUUGGCCGAAUGGAAUACGAUAUAGGGUGCGAAUUCUAAAGCUUGCCAAUGGGUUCUUCUUCUCCUCCGGAUGGCGAGAGUUUGUUCGUGCUACUGGCGUCGUACACGGCGAUCAUCUCACCUUCACUUUGGUGGAUGUUGGAAUUUUCAAUGUAAAGCGGUUUGAUAGCGCAACACAUUGUCCACCGCAGGGAGACGUUGACGUUGUUGAAGACGACGAUGUGGAAGGUAGCUACUCCCCGGACAUCGAUACGUCCGACGAUUACGUGCCAUCGGAGACUGAAUCUGAAACAACUAUGGAUGACGACUACGUGGACGAUAGCGGGGCACUAAACGUCGACGGCUGCCCAACAUUCGUCAUUUCGCUCACCCCGACGAACAUCAAUCACAACAUUGAGAUCCCAUAUGGCUUUUGGCAACGCCGUAUCCCACCGGGGGCAAUUAAAGCGGCCGUGUAUCUGGUGACCGAAGGGGGGAUGUGGCGAUGUACACUCAAACAUAACUCGAGGAAGAUAUGGAUGAAGGAUGGGUGGGCUCGAUUCAAAGACAAGCACAAUCUGGUGGAAGGGGUGCGUUGUCAUUUCAAGCUCGUUGAGGCCUUUGUUGUCCAAUUUUACGUGUGGUUUGAACGUCCUUUAGAUCGUUGGAAGUAA